CGAAUUUUUAUUUUACUCCUUAAAAUCCAAAACAAACCAUUAAUCAUGUUAUUACAUCUUUCCAAAAAAGAUUAAUUCCGUAAAUUUAGUACGGACUCAUCAACUAAUCCAGAAUUGGAAUUCUAGCUGCUAUAUAUUUGGAAGUUCUCCAUCUUCACUAAUAUUCUAAUGGAGACUAAGAAGAAUAACACCACCAAGCUCUUCGUUGGCGGCGUGUCGCACGCUGCCAACGAAGAAACCCUAAGGGAUUACUUCGGCAAAUACGGUGAAGUAAUCGGCUCCGAGAUCGUAAGGAAUCGGGUUACCAACGUAAGCCGAGGAUUCGGCUUUGUCGUGUUGUGUGUUGAUCAUGUUGUCUUGGGACAUGUCUUGCACGAAGAUCACGCCAUUCUUGGAAAAAAGGUGGAGGUGAAGGUGGCGAUUCCCAAGAGCUUCAUAGAUCCUUCUUACAAUGGUCAUCAGCAAAAAAAUAUUCAUCAUGAAAUUGGUGAGAGCUCAAACAAUAAUUCAUGCCAAGAUACCAAGAUUUUUGUAGGCGGCAUACCAAUGGACCUGACAAACGAGGAACUUAAAGCGUACUUUGAGGACUAUGGUACAGUUACCGACACGGACAUUCAUCCCACAAGAGGGUUUGGGUUUGUCACCUUUGACUCAAAGGAAGGUGUGCGAAAUUCAUUGGAAAACCCCGUCCACUAUCUGAAGAACAAAUGCGUGGAGGCGAAGGUUGCUGAGCCGAGGGCUGAAAGCUUUCAGUCCUUUCAUCAUUGUGGCUUGGCUCAGGCUCGUGUUCCGUACUACUAUGGCAACCUAAUAAAGCCUGACGCGUUUGGUUAUAGUACAUACCUCCCGAUGUGUCACUGUCUCUCGACGCGUUAUCAAAAUCUGACACCCCUUAGUGAUUUUAGAAAGAGUUUGUUUGAGAGUGUCAAACUGCUUCAUCUCGAUGAAGUCGAAGAUGAAGGAAAUGUGGGCCAUGACACGAAGAGCGGCGACAAUGAAGCGCCAUAUAUCGGCGAGGAUGUAGAUUGGGAGGGGAAAAGCUAAGUGUCGAGGAAUUUGACAAAGCUAAUUAAGUGAGUUUCUCUAUGUUGCAAAUGCAAAUAUAAACUUGGCCAUGCGAGUCACAAUGUCCUUAGCAAUAUUUCUUCUCUUCCUUUUUUUAAAAGUUACCAACAUUCUCUCUGUCAUGCAUGUCAAUUGGGAAAGCAUGUGCGCCUCCCAUUUUAUUCUUCUAGUCGUGUUUCUAUGUUUCCGUUUGAACUUUUACAUACAGAUUUAUGGCAAUCUCCUGUUCCGAGUAUUACUGGGUUUAAAUUUUAUAUGUUAUUGUUGGAUGAUUUCUCCCAUUAUCUUUGAGUUUUUCCUUUAAGACAUAAAAGUGAUGCUUUUAAUCAUUUAACCUCUUUUGUUGCAUAUGUCAAAAAUCAUUUUAAUACAACAAUAAAAGCAGUUCAGUGUGACAAUGGAACGGAAUAUCGUAAUUCACCACUUAAAAAUAUUUUUGACUCCUUAGGUAUCCUCUUCCGUUUCUCGUGUCCUCAUACCAGUCAACAGAACGGCCGAGCUGAGCGCACAAUUCGUACCAUCAACAACUCGGUCCGUUCACUCCUCUUCCAAGCCCAACUUCCACCUACUUUCUGGGUUGAGGCCUUUCACAUGACAGCCCAUAUUUUUAACAUUCUUCCCACCACCACUUUACAAAAUAAAACCCCACACGCCUCCCUCUUCCAUCUCCCCCCUCCUACGAUCACCUUCGCGUCUUUGGUUGUUUGUGUUACCCCAAUAUCUCCGCCACCGCCCCCCACAAACUAGCCCCACGCUCCGCUCGUUGCAUUUUUCUCGGCUAUCCCUCUAACCAACGAGGUUUCCGUUGUCUCGA